CGGCACAAUAUUCCGAUGAAACGAAGCAUCAAUUCAUACAUAGAUGACGAGAUAAAUGAUGAAAAUUAAUCGGGGGUUCGAUGGAUUUCCUGUUGGGAUUAUAAGGAACGCAAAGAUUCGAUUUUUCCUUUGAAAAAUCGAAAUAGAUGCGGGAUUGUUGUUCACUCUCUCCAAUCAUUUCUUUACUGUACCGUGCUUUCUCUCUCUAAAAGCCCAACCCAUUUUUUUUUUUCUCUCUCUUCCUUUUGGUUUCACUUUCUCUCUCUAUAAUUUUCCCACCACUCUCCGUCUCUCUCUCUCCGUGUCUGUCUCGGUAUCGUGUCUGGUUUCUCGGCGAGAGAGGAGGAAGUAGAAGAGUAGAAGAAAGAAAUUUCCCUGCUUCUACGAAACUCUCAAUCUCUCACCGUCUUUUUAGGGUGGAAGCUAUUUCUUUUUCUUUUUAUUUUUCUUGUGUUCUUUUCUUUCCUGGGUCGUGGCUGCCAAAUGACUCUCCUUUAACCAACUCCCUUUUAACUGUGGUUGUCGGCUCUGGACGAUCUUCUCAUGUUUCCUGAUAAAGUGUAUAAAUAAAUGGAGCAACUUCCAAAGGAUUUGGUCUCUGAUUCUCCUAAAGGUCCAUCGGACAUUCCAUCAGUUAAUAUUUCAAGGAAAGCAGGAAGUGGUGCUUGGGGGAUUUCACAUGGUGCCAACGACUAUUGUUCAUCCAAUGAUGUUAGCUUGUUUUCUAGUUCGUUGCCUGUUCUUCCACAUGAGAAGUUGAAUUAUGUUAAUCCAGAGAAUGGUGUUCAGUCUGUUGAUGAUAACUUCCCUAAGCUAGACAAAGUUGACCUAGAGGAUGAAGUUAAGGAUAUAGCUGAAGAUUUCGAGCCAGGUGCUCUUGGAAGCUUGCUCCCUGAUGAAGAUGAGCUUUUUGCUGGUAUAAUGGAUGAUUUUGACCUGAGUCGGUUGCCUAGUCAGUUGAAAGAUCUGGAGGAAGAUGACAUUUUCGGUAGUGGAGGAGGAAUGGAACUAGACAUUGAUCCUCAAGAGAGCUUAAGUAUUGGAUUGUCAAAGGUGAAUAUAGCAGGUGGUGCAGCAAAUGGGCUUGGUCAGUACGCUUAUCCAAAUGGAGUUGGAACUGCUGCGGUUGCUGGGGAACAUCCAUAUGGUGAACAUCCUUCUAGGACACUCUUUGUUCGAAAUAUUAACAGCAAUGUUGAAGACUCUGAAUUGAAAUCUCUUUUUGAGCAAUAUGGGGACAUCAGAACUCUGUAUACAGCUUGCAAGCAUAGAGGAUUUGUAAUGAUAUCUUACUACGAUAUCCGAGAUGCUCGCACUGCCAUGCGUGCCUUACAAAAUAAGCCUCUGAGACGAAGGAAACUUGACAUUCAUUUUUCUAUUCCUAAGGACAAUCCAUCAGAGAAGGACGUUAAUCAGGGAACACUUGUAGUGUUCAAUUUAGAUGCAUCUGUUUCAAAUGAUGACCUCCGUCAAAUAUUUGGGGCAUAUGGAGAGGUCAAAGAGAUUAGGGAAACUCCACACAAGAAGCACCAUAAGUUCAUCGAGUUCUAUGAUGUGAGAGCUUCUGAGGCGGCACUUAGAGCUUUAAAUAGGAGUGAUAUUGCUGGCAAACGGAUAAAAGUGGAACCUAGCCGUCCUGGUGGUGCACGUCGAAACUUGAUGCAGCAACUAAAUCAAGAGCUGGAACAGGAUGAAUCUCGGACUUUCAGGCACCAAGUGGGUUCUCCACUUGCCAACUCUCCACCAGGUAGCUGGGCCCAAUAUGGCAGCCCUGUUGAGCAGAACCCUCCGCAUGCUUUUAGCAGAUCACCUGGUCUGGGACCUAGCCCUAUUAACAGUAAUCAUUUGCCGGGGUUAGCGUCAAUUCUUCCUACUCAUUUGUCUAGUUCCCCGAAGAUGGCACCUAUAGGGAAGGACCAAGGUAGAAUUAACUAUGCUGGUCAGAUUUUUAACAAAACGGGGUCAUCACAAGUUGCAGCGUACCAGAGUUCUCAAUCUUUUCCUGAGCAUGGUGUAAGGCCGAGUCCUGGCUGUGUCAUAGGGGAAUCAACAAAUUCUUCUGGUGUUACAACGUUAUCCGGUCCUCAGUUUCUCUGGGGAAGUCCUACUCCGUACUCUGGGGUUUCCCAUUCCUCUGCCUGGCCAAGUUCAUCUACAGGACAUGCACUUUCAUCCAGCGGGCAAGGAAGGGGGCAGGGUUUUCCUUACGCCAGUCACCAUACCUCUUUUCUUUCUUCAAAUCAGCCUCAUCAUGUUGGAUCUGCACCUUCUGGUCUCCCAUUUGACAGGUGUUUUGGAUAUGUGCCUGAGUCACCAGAAUCAUCAUUCAUGAACUCUGUCGCGUUGAGGGGCUUGAGUCUAAGUCAUAACAAAGCUAAUUACAUGAAUGCGGGUGCCCAUGCAACUAUGACUGCCAUUGGCUUUCCAGGAGAUAUGGCUGACAACGGGUCCCCAAGUUUCAGAAUGUUGCCAAUGGCUAGACAUGGCCCCAUGAUUGUCGGGAAUGGUCUAUUUUCUGGACCUGGGGCAACUGGCAUUGAUGGGUUGGGUGAACAUAGUCGGAAUAGGCGGGUUGAGACAAGUGUCAGUCAGAUGGAUAACAAGAAGCAGUAUCAGCUUGACUUGGAUAAAAUUAUGAAUGGAGAAGAUACAAGGACUACAUUAAUGAUCAAGAACAUCCCCAAUAAGUACACAUCUAAGAUGCUGCUUGCUGCGAUUGAUGAAAUUCACAGUGGGACAUAUGAUUUUCUCUACUUGCCUAUUGAUUUUAAGAACAAAUGCAAUGUGGGCUAUGCUUUUAUCAAUAUGGUUUCUCCUUCACAUAUAGUUUCUUUCUAUAAUACAAUUAAUGGGAAGAAGUGGGAGAAGUUCAAUAGUGAAAAGGUUGCUUCACUGGCGUAUGCAAGGAUCCAGGGCAAAGCUGCACUUGUGACGCAUUUCCAAAAUUCAAGCUUGAUGAAUGAAGAUAAACGGUGCCGACCUAUAGUUUUCCAUUCUGAGGGCCAGGAUACUGGCGAUAAGGACUUCUUGAUUUCGGGCAACCUGAACAUUUGUAUUCGUCAAGCCGAUGGGUCUUACUUAGGGGAUUCAUUGGACAGUUCGAAGGCAGAUCUUGAUUGAGAAGUAAGAAGUGUACAUAGUCAGGAGAGACCAAGGGAUGGAUAUAUAAUCUAUGUUCUCGAGUUGCGGUGGGGAGUGUCCACUUUUUUGUCAAUGGAUGCUCCAUAUGGCUAAGGAAUUGUGGAUGAAGAGCUGCGGAGAGUGUUUUGUUCAUAAGUACAGCGACAUAAAUGUCACUUAACCUGUGAGUGUACAAUAAGGUUAAGCAUAUUGCUGCAUUGUCGAAGUCUCUCUGCGGCCAUGUCCAGUGCUUUUACCUAUCUGUGUAAGAGGGUUUAUGUCCUUUGUUCCUUGUGUGCUUUUUUGGUUCUAUGUCACGGAGGGAUCUUUCAGGUCCAUCUGAAAAUGUAGUUAAAUGUUUGUAAAGGAGGCAUGUAAUGUGGGUUCAGCUGGUCAAGGGUUUGGGGACUGUUUCUGAUUAUGUACAGGGAGAGAAGCAGAGCCUGCAUGGCAAAAUUUGUCUGGUACAUUGUUAAUCCAUGUGUAUUUAAUAGCUAUGUACAGAUGUUCCUGCUAUUUUUCAACUCCACAAAGUUAAGUGAACUUCCAAGAUUA